ACGUCUGGGGUUUUGAUGAAAAAGCUGUUGCAGUCCUCCAGAACAUGCGCCCUGCAGAUGAGAGCCUCAUCUUUAAGUACGCUAUAUUACUGGGGGACAAGGCGUUAGGCAAGCAAACGGAGGAUGAGAAUCCAAAAAAAGAAGAUGACAAAGACUCCGUCACUAAUCGCGUAGCCGGCUUUAUCUGCAAACACGUCUUCACAGAACACACCAGUUAUGUCACCGGGCUUGCUGUGGUGGGCAAGGAGGCCGGGUUUGGUACCACGUACUUGAUAAGCGCUGGUUGGGACAGGAGAAUUCUUCUGUGGGACCUCGAAAAAGCAAGGCUGCAUGAUGUGUUCCGUAAGGCAGAACUGAAGUCUACUGAAAGCGAGGAGUUAGCAUCUGAUGGCAUUAUUAUGGAUUUGACUUACAGUGUUGAGAGGAACGAGUUUGCUUACGCAUCGUCAGACAAGCUCGUCUAUAUCCGUCAGUUUUCUAACAAAGGGAAUGAAAUGUUAUUAUCAGCUAUACUUCAAGGACACGAGGCUGAAGUAACACAG